AUGGCUUCCAGGGCUGGUGGAUCCAUAGGCCGAGGUGCAGGCAGGGCUCAGGGCAACGCACCGGGAUCUCCACCACGACCUAUGCAGGGGCGAGUAGGGGAUGGACCGGGAGGAGCCGGCGCGAUCUUCGUUGGGGGGUUGCUUACCGUACCGGCGCCGACCUCUCGUCGCUCUUUCCGUUACGUCGGCCCUCGACCCCCUCCUUCGGGGCAGACGCCGACGCAGCCGGAGAGCGGCAGCGAGGAGGAGGAUGAGGAGGAGGAUGGUGAGGGCGAGAAGGAGGAGGACACUGAGGGGAGCGGGGAUGACAGCGAGGCGGCGUGGGACCCAGAGACGCAUGGCGAUGGGGAGGGGGGAGAUGAUGAUGAUGAAGACCACGAGAUGGAUGGGUUGGAGCCAGAGGGGCGGGAGGAGGAGGUGGGAGAGGGUGGUGGAAGGGCGGCGACAGAGGCGGGAUCACAGCAUGUGCGUGAAGGGGGAGGGAGCGUGGGGGUUAAGGUGGGGGGGAGAAAGGCCGUGACCAUUAGGGAGCCGAGGCAGAGGAAGAAGGCCAACAAGUUGAGGGAGCGGGCGAUUUCGUGGAAGCAAUCCACAACAACCCCCGGCGAGCGGCACUUUGCGAGCUUCCACACUGCGCACAUGCAUGUGUGGCAUCACCGUUACCACACCCCGUCCGUUCACUUGCCAGGGGAGACGUUUCCACGUGGGGGCUACAAGGGAGUGCCGGAUGGCUUCGUCUAUCAGUGGCCACAUGCCAAGACUUGGCCGCAGCUCGCCAAGGGGAAAGGGAUGGCGACUGGUGGAGGUCAUGGGUCAAGCGGGAUGGAGCGGUGGAUGACAACCAAACUGACCUCGGUGCAGCUACGGCAGGCGAUCACGAAGCUGAUGGUCACCUGCGACCUCCCCUUCCGCAUCGUCGAGGCCGAGGCUUUUCAUGAGCUACUCAUCCUGCUAAACCGCAACUGCGCGCAGAAGAACUUCAUCCCCUCGCGCUGGACGGUUUCCCGCGAUACAGUGGUCUAUGCGGCUGCCGCUCUUCAGUCAGCCAUUGCGGAGAUGCUGGCGAAGGAGGGGGAUCUGGGGUGCAGGGUGUCGUUCACCAUCGACAUGUGGACGUCGCCCAACAACAGGGCGUGGCUAGUGGUAACGGGUCACUGGAUCGACGAGAAUUACCAGCUGCGCACAAUGGUGUUUGAAUUCCGCGAGAUUCACGGGCGUCACACGGGCAAGCAGAUGGCGAGGGUGGUUGAGGAGACUGUGGUGCAGUGGGGGUUGGAGACGCGUUGUCUUGGGUUCACCUCAGACAACGCCUCCAGCAACACUGCCGCUUUCAGGUGGAUGUCGGAGGAGGGUGGUGGCCAGUGCUUCUUCAACUCGCGCAUGCACUUCCGGUACGAAAGGGAGUGUGCGUGGGAUGUGCGAUGA